AUGAGUAAAUAAUCUAAAUAAUAUCUCUCUACAUCAGCACCUCAUGUAGAUACAUCACAAUUAUCUGGUGUGUCACCCAAAAAGGAGUUUUACGACGCCACAAAGCAAUUGGAAGCAGCAAGGAGAAGAAUCACUCUUCUUAGAUUGGAGAAUGAAAUGAGGUAUGGUUUUGACAUUCUAAGUAAGGGAGAAGAAAUUGCAAAUCCAACAAUAAAAACAAGAACAAUUGAACAAGAUUAGGGAAGAUCACGAGCUGUUUAAGGAAUACAAAUAGGCUCAUAAAGAGUAAGUGAACGUACAAUUACAGAAUCUAGUGCAUAGAACAAGGAGUAUGAAGAUGCAGCAAUCACAAGAUAAAAAACUGAUCCAACAGAACUUUCGAUAGAUGAAGUAACAAGAAGUUAAGAAUAUUAAAGAGCAAUCUCAAAGAAAUGAGUACAUCAUUCGAUAGAACUUGGAUUCAAUAAAAUAAUAAAAGGCAGAAUAAAAAUAACAAGUUCAGACUCAAGUCUAACUUGCUCAAUAAACCAUCCAAAACUUUCGCAAACAAAAGUACCUCCGAUUCAUUCAGGAACAUCAAAUCUCCAAAUCUCAGCACUCUCUGGAAGCAGAGUUAAGGUUACAGUAGAUCGAAGAACUCAAGAAGCAAGAAGCCUAUCUACUAAUCAAAUUAGAUGAAACCACAAAUGUAUUUUAGAAUUAUAUCCUAGCAAGUCCACAAACUCAAUCAAAGUGCCUUGAUCAAGCAAUCUCAGACCACACCAAAGACUGCAUCCUAUUCUUGA